GCAUCUGAUGGUUCUGCUUCUUGCUGCUCAGGCACUAAACUUGGUUAAAGCCAGUUGCAGAACUGUAAAGGUGACUGAGUCAGAGAGAGGUUUCUUGAAUCAACAGAAAUAAGCCAUACCAUAAAGGCUCAGAUAUUGCUGCAUGCAGAGAAAGUCACAGCCAUACAGACUCCUUAUCCUGAGGACAGGGAUGCGAGAAGUAUCUUCCCAGGCCGGACCAGCACCUUCCAAAUCCAGCAAGGUCUGACAGGAGGAAAGGCAGCUGCCAGAGACCACGUGAGCCUGGCUAUGCAGUGUGCCCUGUCCCCAAGGACUGACAUUGCUGGGUUAGGGUGGUCUUUGACAACCAGGUUCUCUGCUGCUGGGUUAGGGCAGUUACUGACCCCACCCAGGUUCCCUGCUAGGUUAGGGUAGUCUCUGACACCCUGUUUCCCUGCUGCUGGGUUAGGGCAGUCUCUGACACCCCAGUUCCCCACUGGUUUAGGGCAGUCUCUGACACCCUGAUUUCCUGCUGGCUUAGGGCAGCCUCUGACACUCUGUUUCCCUGCUGGGUUAGGGCAGUCUGACACCCCGAUUCCCUGCUACUGGGGUAGGGCAGUCGCUGACCCCCCAGUUUUCUGCUGGGUUAGGGCAGCCACUGACAGCCCAUUUCCCUGCUAGGUUAGGGCAGUCUCUGACACCCCGAUUUCCUGCUGGGUUAGGGCAGUCUCUGACACCCUGCUUCUCUGCAGUACUUAUUUUUGAGGCUCCUUUAGAUGUCAUUAGAGAGCCUUUGGCUCAGCUCGACCCUACCCGCCUCCCCUCCGGUGUGGCACCAAGUCACACCGUUCUCGCCCUGUGAGAUUUCUUCACCGCCGGGGUGCGGUGCCCUGCCUCGCAGUGCGGGGCUGCACCCCGCGGUUUGCGGGCUCGGAGCUCGCCCCUCCUGCACAUGACCCGGUCCCCUCGCUUGCUGCUUGCCGCGUCACCCCGGCUGUGGUUACCUCCCUGGCUGUGCCUGCGACAGUAGCUCUAAGUCAGCAGACUGUGACUUCCAGGGGCAUCUCUCUGCUUCUCUUAAGGAGGUUCUAAAACAAUGAUGAUCUAGUUGGGAACUGCUGCUACCUAUUUACCUAGAGAAUUUCCUUCAAUCAGAUUCUAAUAUAUUUCCUGAAAGAAAUGAAAAAAGGACCAGAAAGUGGAGCUUGUUCUGUUGCCACUCCAGGCAAUUUGGUGGAACCAAAUGCAGGCAAUAACAGCAGCAAUGGAGCCUCAGCAAAAGAGAAAGACAUGCUUUCCUCUUCUGGAGAACCAGAAAACACACAGCUGAAACCCAGCAGAGAAACAUCCAGAAAAAAACUCUGUGGAUAUUUAAAUAAACUGGGUAUCAAGGGGCCAAUCAAGACCUGGAAGUCUCGCUGGUUCUUUUACGAUGAAAACAAAUGUCAUUUGCUCUACUACAGAACUGCACAGGAUGUCAACCCGUUGGGGUCUAUAGACCUCUCUAGUGCCAGCUUUGACUGCAAGGUGGAAAAUGGGGAAGGGGUUUUUGAAAUCAGAACACCAAGCAGAGUUUUUACUCUGAAGGCAAUCAGCAAACAGGCAAUGAUGUACUGGCUGCAGCAGUUACAAAUAAGACGUUGGGAAUUUUGCAACACUCAAAGCAGAUUUCCUGUGGGCAGCUCCCAGCUUGUGAAUGAACCUCUGGCUGGCAAAACAAAUGUUAUUGACGAUGAAGACUUCCUGCCACCGGUGAAAACACCAACAGAAGCAGUGGGCUUAAAGGCAGCAUCCUUGCCUGCACCCCAAACAUCUACUGCUUUGCAGAAUAUCUCCCUUAAGCACCCUUGGACAGAGAUACAAAACACUGUCUACAACAUCUGUGGCUCCAAGCAGCUCUGCGGGGACGGUGGGAACAUCUUUAGCUUCAGUGAAUUCCAGGAACAUCCUGACAUCCCAGAGGAGGAGCAAGAGGCAGAAAUGGAGGCAGGGUGUGCAGUUAAGGAGGGGAUCCCAGAGAAUGGAAGGAUGGAGACCAGGCUGAACUGGGUUAGGAAAGCCAGGUGGAAGAACAGUGGCUUCCCAGGCUUGCUUGACGAACUGUCCAGGGAGAGGAACCCAAUGGAUAAAGUGAGUGUCCUACAGGAACAGGUCCUGACACUCACAGAGGAAGUCAAGUCACAGAAGGAGCUGGUUAAACUUCUCCACAAAGCUCUGGAGGCAGCUCAGCAGGAGAAGCGAGUAUCUAGCAUGUAUCUCACUGCAGCAGAAGAUAAGGACAGGCUGGAGCUGGUGCGCCACAAAGUGAGACAAAUUGCAGAUCUCACUGGUCGACUGGAAGCUCUUGAGCAAGAAAAGAAGGAACUGGAGCAGAUGCUAACUCUGAGAGACGGUCACAUCCAGGAACUCAAGGAGCAUGUGCAGCUUCUGAUGGAGAAGAAUCACGCCAAACAGCAAGUCAUCAUGGCCUUGACAGAGCAGAUGGCCCGAGAGCUCUCUGACCCCCCGCAAGAAGCCAACACUAUCACUGCAGAGACAUUGUAUAAGCAGCAGGAGGAGAUUGAGCACCUGAAGGAUGAUAUUGAUGCAUACAAAACCCAGAAUCAGUUUCUCAACUCAGAGAUCCACCAGGUUACUCGACUUUGGACAAGUGUUGCUGAGAAUGAAAAAGCCCUUCUAAUGAAGUGUGCCUGCCUGCAAGCACGAAACUGCCAGAUGGAGAGCAAAUACCUGACAGUCUUGCGGAAGCUGCAGGAGACUGUGCCUGGCCUGCCCAGCUCCCAUGUAGAGUUGGUGAGGAGCCUCAUCCAGGAAGCACUUCAGUGGGAUGUGAAGGAAGAAGUAGAAGAAAGUUUUAACCUGAACCCUGUAAGUGAGUAUGAUGAGUAUGGAUUUAUGACCGUACCUGACUAUGAAGUUGAAGACUGGAAACUUCUGGCUAAAAUUCAAGCCCUGGAAAUAAAGUCCAACAACCUGCGGAGCCAGGAAGUAGUGGAGAAACCCCUCCGUGACAGGUGGAACAGCAUUGGAGAGCUGAGCCCUUCUGCAGAGCUGAAGAGCCUGAUCCGAAAUGGCAUUCCAGUGGAGCAUCGGCAACGGGUCUGGAGGUGGAUUGUCAGCCGACACUGCAGCCAUGUGCCUGACCACUACCAGUGGCUUUUACGGCAGAGCAAGAGCACUGAGCAUCCUGCCUGCCGGCAGAUAGAGCUCGACCUGCCCCGCACACUGACCAACAACAAAUAUUUUUCCUCUCCAACCUCCCAGCUCAUUCCCAAGCUCCGGAGGGUGCUGCUAGCAUUCUCCUGGCAUAACCCAGCCAUUGGUUACUGCCAGGGACUGAACAGAUUGGCAGCUGUUGCCCUCCUCGUCCUGGAAGAUGAGGAAAGUGCUUUCUGGUGCUUAGUCCAUAUUGUGGAGAACCUAAUGCCAGCAGAGUACUACAGUGACACAUUGAUAACAUCACAGGUAGAUCAGAGAGUCUUCAAAGAUUUCCUGUCAGAGAAGCUGCCUCGCCUCAUGGCUCAUUUUGAGCAGUAUAGGAUUGAUGUCUCACUCAUCACCUUCAAUUGGUUUCUGGUGGCCUUUGUGGACAGCCUGGUCAGCGACAUUCUUCUGCGAGUUUGGGAUGCCUUCUUGUACGAGGGAACUAAGGUGAUUUUCCGCUAUGCUCUUGCAAUUUUUAAAUACAAUGAGGAGGAAAUUCUAAGAAUUCAUGAUGGUGUGGAGAUCUACCAGUACCUACGCUUUUUCACAAGAAUGAUCAUGGAUGGCAGGAAGCUGAUGACCAUUGCCUUCAAUGACUUAAACCCCUUCCCCCUGAAACUGCUAAGGAACCGGCGAUCAAUGCACAGGGAAGAACUGGAGAGAGAGCUGCACGAGCUGGAACGGAUCAAGGCAGCCUAUGUUAAGGAAAGAGCAGAGCAGGGGCCUCAGGACCUGAAGGAGGCUGUUAGUGAAGAGGAAGAAGAGAUUUAACAAAACCAGAAUUCUUCAUCGCUUCCUUCCCACCUUGCAGAAGGCUUGUCAGGAGGAGAUGGAGUAGAGUGGGAAAAGUGGUCACAGCACGACGUCAUCUACCCCAGGAAGCAAGGCUGUAGGUAUAGGACCAUUUAGGGACCAAGCUAGACUUUGUAAUGGGUUGGAAGGUGUCCAACGUGUUCUAUCCUCUUCUGUACUUCUUCCAAUUCAGCCACUGCCCUGUCCUGUGCAGUUCAGGUCUACAGGUGAAGGUCCUUAUGAAAUAAUCAGUUGUGGUACCAUGGCAGAUGUUUUCUACUUUUUCUGAUAGCUUGAAAGAGAUUUUUACAUACAUCACUGAAAAUAAUGAACUGAGACACCCCCUCAUUGGUACCUAAGGCUUCUGAACUGGUCAGGAAGGAAACUUGGUCUUUGAAUGCACAGUGCCUUUGGUGGCUAGCCUGCCAGGAAAGAAUGUUGUUAACGUUGCAGUUCCUGUUUUAACGUUGCUGUCUUCAGAUGAGUGUUGGGCCUGAAGAAGUCAUGGGAGCUGGAGGACACUUUCCCAGGGACUUGGACUGGGACAAGUGAAAGGGGUUGUGGGAGAGCAGAGUUGCCUCUACAGUUUAUUUUUGUACCUGUGGAAGUUCAUAGGAGCACAAGGUGGCCAGGAUAAGUGUGUGGUCAUCUCUCUCUGCCUCACAGUUAUGCUACCCCCUGUGCUGAAUUUCAAUGUUGAUAUCCCUGUCUGUGACUCCCAUUCAUAAUGGGAGGGAGAAGGUCUUUUCUGUAGGAGUGUCCAACAUUGAAGGUGUUUUAUUCAUGGAAUAUGGCACACUGGAGCUUGACAUUCUUUAGAAAAAAAUUGAUUUCCCCUGAACCAAGGAGAAGCCCUGCCUCUGAGAAUGGAGUUUGAUAGCCUUCUCCGCUGCCUCCCAGGCUUGCUCAUCCCCUGGGCUGAAUGCCCUGUCUGUGCAGCUCAGUCUUCCACAAACCAAGGAGUAGUCAUACAGCUUAUUUUGCCUAACAUGGUGCCAGACCCUGCUACCCCACUUUCCUGUUGGCUGGUGCUUUAUUGCAGGUGUGCCUGCAGUGCUGGCGCUAACAGCAUGCAGCAGACCCUGCUGAAAUGGAAGCUCUGCUCAACAUUUUUAAACUGACCUUGAGCCCAAGCCCAUUCAGUGGAUGAUGCCUCCUUUAAGCCUCUGGUGGUAUAAAGCUGUCAGCACUUGCAGAGGAAGGGAAAAGAAGCAUUUGUAUCCCAUACUGUCCUCAGGCAGGUGAGCCAUAGCCAAGAUGAGAGACUCUAGUGGGAACAGCAGCAGCCUCUGUUCACCUGAGACAUGUUGUCCGUGUCAAGCACAACUGGACAAAACAGCCAGUUUCAAAGAAUUACAGAAGUCUGAGUUUGGAGAGAGCUGCACACAGCCGCCCAGUAUGGAAGUAAUCAAAGUGGAAAUGAGGUUUUGGUAAGAGUAGAUCGAUGGGCAAGAGUGAGGUAGAUGCACUGAAUGUCACUGACAGUUGCACACAUUGCAAGUGUGGGAUGAGAGGAAAAUGUUACUGCAAUGUUACUGCAAUAUCUCAAAAAAAUGCACUGGUUUUAAAAUUAUACCACUUGUCUAGAGAAGCCCAAAAGGCAACUUUUUCUUUGCAGAUGAUAUUGCUAAUAUAAUUUACUCAUAAUAUUUUGUGAAUGGGUGCACACAAAUACAGAUUUUUGCUACUGUUACAGAAUUUCAGAAGCCCUUAUCUUCUAAAUCAAGACUAUGGAAAUUAGAGGUAUACUUACAAUUGUAUUUUUUAGAGCCUUUUGCAACAACUUAAAAAUCUUUUCUUCCAUCCUGCCCUUAUUUUUUUAAAAAAGGGAAUUGAAACUUGCAUUACUAGACAAAACCAUGUACGUCUACAGUAUGUAAAUAAACAUUGGUCUAUGCAGUUUAUAAUGACCCAUUAAAAAAUAAACUUUUCUGAAGAAGACGUAAGGACUGAGCUGUUGUCCCUGAUGAGAAAUUCUGAGAAUAAUUUUUAAUUGAACUCAGAAGGGAAGGACAUCUCAGAGUUGUUAGAAGUUUCUCUUCUGUUGUGUCUUCACCAGCUCUUAAUAUUUUUCUAUGUGUGUAAGGGCCAUUACCUCUGGUCAUACCGCCAACCAGUCAGUUGUGGCCAUUCUCUACUAAAAUGCGGUGGAUGCAGAAAUAUCUGCAAGGUCCGUGCAGACCUGUGCCUUGGAGCCAAGCUAGCAUAUUCUCAUGGGGCCGACUCUAUUCUCCUUCUGCUCCACAGACUUUAGGACAACUGAACAGCACUGUACUCAUGUCAGAAGAUGCCAGCUUGGCACAGAGGUUAGCUUAGCCAUAUGUAAGUCCUGUGGGCCUCUGCAAGACCUGCAGUGAGUAUCAGUCAGUGCUGAGGAUCUUUUGAACAGAGGUUACUGCUGCAUGAAGUUCAUGAGGAUAAUUUGUGCUGCCAUCGUCAACUGAUUGGAAAACAAUGUGGCCUGGUUGCGCAGCCCAGUAGCUCCCUCUGCCUGUGCUGGCACCUGUGGAUAAAACAGAUGUCUUUCCACCCGGAGUCAAUCUUUGCUGAGCUUUGCUGCAUGCAUCACAUUACUUGUUAAAUUAAGCCUUUUGUUUCUGCAUUAAACUAAGCCUCAGUAUACCAGCUACAACCCUAAAAAGGAUCUCAUACUGCUCCUUGAUGAAUGUGCAAUUAAUCUGUAGAUCACUUUGUUGCAGAACUUUGUGACCACCAAGUGUUUAUAUGGUUUUGAGAGGACAAAUUGGUGAGGGUGGCCAAACACACAAAAAGCCACUUCUGGCUCAGUAAGUCUCUAAGCUUCAAACACAUGGAGGCCAGGAGGCUUCCCUUCUUUGCCCCUUUUUGACUCUGUGUGUACAGAUGGAAGGGUCUUUGAUCUGAACCACAAUUAACUCUACAUGUUGCAGCUAUGGCUUUGCAUGCGAAAGUGCUAGUGCACAGCAAAGACACUUGAUCUGUUUCUGUAUCUUGGCACGCUGCCCCGGAAAGAGGCACUCCUGGGGAGGUUGUUUCUACUCAUAUAUUAGGUUAAUGUUUAUCCCAAGCUUAAGCUUCUCAUCCAGGGUGAAAGAGAGCUCUAAAAGACAAGGCACUGCCUGUGAGAAGGAAGCAAUAACACCGUGUAGCAGGAGCUACAGUGCUGAGUUUCUCUUCCAGCUUGCAGGCUGGACAACGUCCUGCCAUGUCACAUACAGAAGACCUGGGGCUGUCCCUCUUCCCAUUUAAGAGCUCCCCUUCAGUGGCCUGAGCCAAAGCUGGGGCUUCUCUCAGUGCUAAGAACUCCUUUACAGAACAUUAGCUCUGCCAGGUACAAGAAGACAAACCACUUCCCCAGGCCAGGGCCAAAGCAGUGGAGCUGGCAUAAUUUAACGCCCUCAGAUGUGUUUUGCCAUAGAGGGGGCUUUUAGCAAAAUCAUCAUAAAAGCCCCCAAACUCUCAAAUACUCUGUGAAAUCAUGAACUCUUAGAAACAUAUAUCAUCAUAAGAGUCCCAAAUGCUGUAAUACUGAGGAAUCCUUAGAAAAAAUACCACCAUAAAGGCCCAAACUCGCUGAAAUAAAGUUUUUACUCAAUUUAUUGCAAUGAGAAAAGACGACAAAUGAUUAGUAGUGAUUGAUCACAAGUUAACAGUAACAGCUUGUAAAGGCAAUGUGCCUAAUCAUUACCAUAAGAGAAAUACGUCACCAAUUGCCUUAACAUCAUCCAGAUCUGCAGUUACUGGGGGCCUGAGGGCUUUCUUUUUUUGCAAUGAGGAUUUGGAGAAAGGCAAUUGGGAAAUCAUGUGGUGCGUCCACCCAUGACUGAUGUCUCCCCACCCUCCCUGCAAGGGGCUUAGCCUUUAUACCAUGUAACAAACAAAUCACAUUACCCCAAAAAGCAGAGACUGUCCCCAGCUGCUUACUGCCGCUCCCUCCUUCUAGAAUGUGGAGGAGAGGAGGGGAAGGGAGGGGAAGGGAGGAGAGGAAGCAGCUGGAUAUUUCUUACCUUUAAGCUAAGGGACUGUAGAAACACAACAUUCCUACCCAGCUCCUCUCUUUCACACAGCACAAUUCUACUGAUAAUUAAACACUUUCUCACACUCGUAUAUUAGAAAUAGCACAGUACAACUCUAUUGAUGAUAGUGAUAUGGAAAGUUGCAGAUGGAACAGUGCACAUAGACAAGCAAUAUGAAUCAUCCACGGGUCACACAUAUAUUUUCAGGCCUGUUGAUCAGGUCCUGUCACUGCAGGAGGUUAUUUAACUCCUUUCCCGGAGCUCAGUGAGAGGGUGCAGGCUGCACUGAGUUGCUAAAUCGUGAAAAUACCUCUGUGCAAUUCCUGCUUAGCCUCGGGAACUCUCCAGAGAGGAAAACACCACACUAGGUUAGUUAGUGGAAGAGGAGAGAUCACUAACCAUGGUAAACACAUUUGGGGUGACAGUUUCCCGUCCUGCUGCUGCUAGAUCCUUGCUUUAGGAACACGGUCCGCUACUGUGAGAAUAUAACGGAAGAUUGGCAAGGAGAAAUUGUAAAACACACUCAAGUGACCUUGAGUUGGGAUGUAGAAAAACACCUUAGUCGUGCUAAUCAUUGCCUGGUCCUGUGUGCUUGACAAGUAGAACCUUUUGUAUUUAGGUAACAGAGACCUCUGAUAAAUUCUAGGCUGUCCCAGAAAACAGGCUUGAGAUUAUUGCCUUGCUGUGGGAAAGAUCAAAAUAUGGUGGGAAAAUCUCUUCCCUGAUAAAAUACAGGCAAAGCAGUAGUUUUGGGGUUCAUACUUUUUGGAAAGGACAAAGCUCCAUCGUUCCUGCUUGCAUUUCCUCUGUUAGGGUGCUGUUCUUGAGUGCCUUGGAUCGUGAGGAAAUGGAAGUAA